AUGAAUGAGCUACGGCUGCACCUAGAUACACCCUCCUCUCACAUCAUCUUCGUCCACCCGGGGCGCGAGUCAUACACUUUUCCUCUAUCAGGCUCUCUCCGGAUCUCUCCAAGUUUUCUCAAUAGAGAUUCUACAUGCUCCCCGAAAGCCAGUGUUAGUCUGGUCAGAACUGUCAAGACUGACAUUCAAGGGUCAGCUUGCACAAACACCAAGAGUCGCAGACGGUACUCUCUUCCAUUCCGGCAUCGGGCAACGUCUCCAACGACGUCACAGGAGUCUGUGGAGACUGUGCUCGAGUGUCAACUUUGGCCUUCACCAGCGGUACUCGCACCAACUUCAACUGCAGCCAUCACCACUAGUACGAAGUGGCCUUUUUGUAUUCCGAUCCCAAGCAACAUCCCAGCAACGACGAGAACGGACCUCGGAAGCGUUAGCUACACUAUCACGGCCACGGUGACUCUUGCAUCAGGAAAAUCAGCUUUCAUAACCAGGGCACUUGAUAUAUUCUAUCGACUGGUGCCAACUUUGGAUCUCACGACCAGGCACGUUCGACAAUUUCCUGGCUCUCCUCUCCUAGUCGAUGUCAACAUGACACAACACCAGCCUAAAGCCGGCACGGCUUCACUCAUGUUCUCUGUAGCACUGAUAGCCCGGAACAUUCUUAGACCUGGCAUCCUAGAAGGCGAGAUGAAGUUUAUUACUAUCAAGACAAUCAAUUGGUGGAUCGAAGAAGAGGCCAGACUCACGGAGAUUAUCAGCAGCGACUUGCAGAGCUGCUCCAGUACUUGCAAGAAGUCCACUCGCUCUCUAAGUGACGGAGUUGUCAAAGUCGAGUGGCCAACGCGCAGUCGUCAACGAUCAGAUGAACAAAGCCUGAAACCCGGACGACUGGAGAUUAAUUUCAAUAUCAUGAUUCCUCGCAGCGCAGAGCCUGCGGACGACAUUUAUCUCGACAGCUAUGGCACCGGUGGUAGUGGGUGGAAUUAUCAAAGUCAAUUAGCCAGCAGACAAGUGAUCACGGUCGAUCACCACCUCAAGAUCGAGAUAAGCACAGGGGAGGAUACUUGGAAUAGCAGAACGAACACCUUAUUGGACCGGAAAAUUUUGGUUAAGUCGUACGGGACAAUCCUUCCAAUGCGAAUCCACCAGCUAGCCGACAGCAACGAGACAUUGCAUGGCGCCUGUUACCAGGAAGAGCUCCCAGCAUUUGAGGUGGCUCAGGCAUUGCCACCUCCAAGCUAUGAGACCAGCCUGCAAAGCACCAAACCGUUUUUCAUGGCCUAA